CCAAACUAAAAAUGUCUACUUUCCUUUUAUAUUGCUUUUUACGGCCUUAAUAACACACAGAAUAUAGAUAAAGACCGCUUUGCUUCUUUUAUUGUUUCGCGAUCAGCAGAUUCGGCAUCUCUUCAUGCAAGUUUCAAAGUACUCAAAAAACAACAUGCUCACAGAGUUAGCUAUUGGAAGUCACUUUCAGCCCAAACUUGUAAAAUUGCAGCAAUGGCAAAUGAGUGGUGUAAAUGGUGACAGACUGCACUUGUCAAGGAUGAGGUCAUAUUCAAAGAAGAAAAUUACUUGCAAGUUUGCCCGGUCAGAAGAAGUCUCCUUUUGUUAUGAGGAACGAGAAAAGAAUCGACCUUUGGUUAAGAUGUGUGGAAUAACAUCAGCUAAAGAUGCUGCAAUGGCAGCAGCAGCUGGGGCUGAUUUUAUUGGCAUGAUUAUGUGGCCUAACUCAAAACGUUCUGUUUCAGUUUCGGUUGCCAAGGAGAUUUCAAAAGUUGCAAGGGAACAUGGGGCAAAGCCUGUUGGAGUAUUUGUAGAUGACAAUGCAGACACGAUAUUAAGAGCUUCUGAUGCCUCUGACCUUGAGUUUGUACAGCUUCAUGGAAAUGGUUCUCGGGCAGCUUUCCCAGUUUUAGUACAAGAAAGGCGAAUUAUAUUUGUUCUUCAUGCAAAUGAAGAUGGAAGCCUUCUAAACCAACUUCCAGAUGAACAAAGCUCUCUAAUUGAUUGGAUUCUUGUGGAUAGUGCCAAGGGUGGCAGUGGCAAAGGAUUCAACUGGGCCCAGUUUAAGCUACCAAUAAUUAGAAGCAAAUAUGGAUGGCUCUUGGCUGGAGGUAUCAACCCUGAGAAUGUUUAUGAAGCUCUUUCUACUCUCCAACCCCAUGGUAUUGAUGUUAGUAGUGGCAUUUGUGCCUCAGAUGGAAUCCAAAAAGACCAAUCGCGGAUAUCUUCCUUUAUGAGUGCCGUGUGUUCUAUAGACUACUUAACAUAGAACAAAUUUUCUUGGAAAUUUUCAAAACGCAAAAUUGUCAAAAAUCAAGGCAAAUAAGCACAUAAUCGUAAAUUUUAUGCCUAAGGUUUUAUUGUUGUUGUA